UGGGAGCAUUUGUUGUAUAAAAGGUGUGCGUAGCAGGAUCAAGAAUUCAGAGUUCGGUGCGGCUUUCGUUAGUUGGAAGUGAUCGUGAAAAUGGCUAUGUUCACCAAAUUGAUUUGGUUGGUGAUGCUCCUGGCAUCACUGAAGCAGUCCUACAGUGCGGACUACUGCAAACAUGAUCUUUGUGGGGCAGGCAAGGCGCACAUUGGGUGCCAAAACGACGGAAAGCUGAGCCCACAAUGCCCCAAGGGAGCCAAGGUGAUCAAGAUGACCGACGAGCUGAAGCAGCUUGUGCUGGAUACUCACAACAAGUACCGUAGCGAGCUGGCUACCGGCAAAGUGGAAUGGCUACCAAAGGCCGCGAAUAUGCCCUCCCUGACUUGGGAUAAUGAGUUGGCCAAAACAGCACAGAUGAACGCAAACCGUUGUGUCCGUGGUCACGACGCCUGUCACAAUACAGAAAAGUAUAAGAAUUCGGGACAAAAUCUUAACUUCUACGCUACCACCGCUGAUACUAUUGACGUUAAUGGAGAGGUACCAAAUCUGAUUACCAGCUGGUGGGAUGAGCGACAUGAUGUUAACAAGAACAUGGUUAACACCAUGUAUGAUCCUGGCAAGAGCAUCAUGGUGUUCCAUUUCGCUGUCAUGGGUUCGGAUAAGGUGAACAAAGUUGGUUGUGCCAUAACCCAAUGGAAGCCGGAAAAGGGCUGGAAUCAGAUUUACUUGGUUUGCAACUAUUCGUUCAAUGACUUCGUGGGACUUCCUAUCUACGUCGCUGGCGAACCAUGCUCACAAUGUACCAAGGGUUGUAACCCGAAGUUCGAGGGACUGUGCGUCGAGGACGAACCGGUCGCGCUGCCCAUUGAUUAUGCGGUUUAAUAAUAGCAGCAUACAACGAUGGGCAACGAGGAAACUUAUUUACGAGAAAGGAUCAAAGUAUAGAUUAUAAGUUAUUGUUUCGGCGAAUAAAAUUAGGUGAUGGGUAA